CAAGAGAUAACAUCCAAACACACAAAUAGUAAAACAUAGUUUUACAAGAAUGGAUGUAUCUAGCAAUUAAACUCAAAGCAUUGUACUAGUAUCGAGUUUAUGUUAUAAGGUUUAUUAAGACAUUAAUAGUCAACUUUAAUCUGUGGAUUAAUACAAAGUUUCCAAUGAUGUUUUCGUCUGGCCUUAACUGUAAUCUCUCCUUCCCCAGUUGUUUGGGUUAUCCACAAGAUAGUGAGGAAUUGAUCCCAAAAAUGGCACGUGAGCCAAUCAUUCUUAAUGUUUAUGAUAUGUACUGGAUAAAUGAAUAUACUACACCUAUUGGUCUUGGUGUAUUUCAUUCUGGAGUGGAAAUAUAUGGAACAGAAUAUGCAUAUGGUGGUCAUGCUCAACCAAAAAGUGGCAUUUUUGAAAUUACUCCAAGAGUAGCUGACGAACUAGGCGAACAGUUUAGAUACAGACAGUCUGUUCACAUUGGAUAUACAGAUUUUACGGAAGAGGAUGUUUCAAGAAUUAUUACAGAAUUAGGCAAAGAUUUUAGAGGAGACCGUUAUCAUCUGAUGAAUAAAAACUGUAAUCACUUCAGCAGUCAGUUUACAUUGAUUUUAUGUGGACAAGAAAUACCUGGUUGGGUAAAUCGUCUGGCUUAUUUUAGUUCAUGUGUACCAUUUCUCCAACGUUGUUUGCCAAAGGAAUGGUUAACGCCUGAUGCUUUACAACAUUCUCUAAGUCAAAUUAGUCAUCACGAAAGUACACCACCAUCGGAUACUUCGUUGUAACAUUUGGCUAACACUAUUGAAAUGCACGGUCUAAAAUGCCGUAGAAGUUAUACAUUUUAGAUAAUUAAACAUUGUGAAAAGAAAUGUUAAUUAGGACUGAUUAUAUUGCCAAGAUUUGAAAACUUGAGAAACCUGAGAAACUGAACCGUCAAGACAAGGUACAAAUUUGAUAUUGUACACUUGAAUGCGACUGCUGAUAAUUAGUACUGAAAAAAAUUGCCUUUGCUGCAGCACGUUGUUUCCUAAGAUGGCGAUCCACAUGGUCGCAUGUGUUCUUUGUUAAAUAAUACAGUCAAGAUAUGAUAGUUACAUAAUGAAUAGAUAAUUACGCAUAAAAAUUUAAACCAUAAUGAGCAGAAAACUCAUUUGCCGAUAAAAAAGAAACUUGUUAUAUUAGCAAGAUGUGUAUAUUGAAAUAAUUUUUUUAUAAAAAUUCUUAUUUCUUAUGCUUGUAAAACCAUAAAGCAGUAUGUUUUAAGAUAAUAUAAUGCAUGCACAUAAAUCAGAUAAAU